AUGGCCGCACCAGCAGUCGAAACCUCCAUCCCGCAAACACAACCCGAGGAGCCCAUCACCAGCCCCUCGCACCUCGACGGCGUGGCCUACCUCUACGGCCACCCGCUCCUUAACUCGCUCUCCCCACCUCUCCACCAAACCAUCUACAAUGCCCUGGGCCUCAACUGGCAGCAAAUCCCCCUCUCCAGCGUAACCGGCACCUCAGCCACCUACCCGCCCCCAUACACGCGCUCCCCGCCCAUCCAAACCUUCCUCGCCUCCAUCAAGGCCAACCCCAAAUUCGUCGGCUCCUCCGUGACCAUGCCCCACAAGGUCGCCAUCAUGCCUCACCUGGACGAUCUGACCGAGCACGCCCGCCAAGCCGGCGCCUGCAACACGAUCUUCCUCCGCGAGGAUCCCGCCACGGGCGCCCGCCAGUACGUCGGCACCAACACCGACUGCGACGGCAUCCGCGAAGCGCUGAUCCAGAACGCGCCCGAUGCGUCGCGCUUCCGCGGCCGGCCCGCCCUGAUCAUUGGCGGCGGCGGUACCGCCCGUACGGCCAUCUACGUGAUGCGCCGCUGGCUGGGCUCGAGCAAGAUCUACAUCGUCAACCGGGACGCUGCCGAGGUCGCGACGAUCAUGGCCGAGGAUCGCGCACGGAACCCGGAUCCGAAUGCCCAGGCGCCCCUGGUGCCCGUUACUGACCCCAAGGAGGCUGCUCGUCUCGAGGCCCCCGCUGCGAUCGUCUCGGGAAUCCCUAACUACCCGCCCAAGACGCCGGAGGAACUCAAUGCCCGUGCUGUGAUCCAGGCGUUCCUGGGAACCGCGGCUGAUGCGCCGAAGCAGCAGGGUGUGAUUUUGGAGAUGUGCUACCACCCCGUCCCCUGGACGGAGAUUGCUCAGCUUGCGUCGACUGGUGGCUGGAAGGUUAUUCUUGGCUCGGAGGCACUGAUCUGGCAAGGUCUGGAGCAGGCGCGGCUUUGGACGGGCAAGGAUGUUAUUGGCACACCUGGUGUUGUGGAUGCCGUCAAGGCUGUUGUCAAUGGCUCCGUUACUGAGCGGGCUGCGCAAGCGAAGACGGCUUCUAACUUGUAA